CAGGGAAGUGGAAUAUGAAAGUUUAAAAACCUUCUAAUUUACCAAAAUUGAUGAGCUUCAUGAAUUCUUAGAUUUAGGAAGCACAAGAAAACCUAGCCACAUCACAGUGAAAGAGCAAGCCAUUAGACACACGGAAGAGCUUUAAAGCAGCCAUAGAAAAACCCGAUUUCCCAAGAAGGAGUAACAACUGUAAAGAUACAAUAUGCUUCUUCAGCAACAUGGGGGUCCAGAAGAUGGUGAAAUAGUAUCUUCAAGGUGUUGAAUGAAAAUAACUACCUACCUGUUAUUUUGUAGUCCGCUAAAUUAUCACUUAAAGAGAAGAACAAAAUAGUUAUUUCAGAAACCCCUUUUCCCUUCACCCUCCCCCAAAAAAGGCAAUUGAGGAAAUUUAUCAACAGACUCAGUGAAGAAUUUCUAGAGUUUAUGCUGUAGGAAGAAAGCUGAUGACUCCAGAAAGGAGGUUUGGGGUAGGUAACGUAAGGUUAACCAAGAAGUUGGUAGGCCUGUGGGUAAAUAUAAUUAUUGACAGUAUGAGAAAGUGAUAGCAGUGAUUGUUUGAUUUGGGGUUUAAAAAGUUGAACUAAAAAUAUUAUAACAACGUGUAAGAGAGUAGUUGAGCAACUGAUGUUUAAGUUCUGAUGCUUCUAAUAUUGUUUUGAGCUAUGGUGUCCAUUAUAGUAGCCACUAGUCAUACGUAGUCAUUGAGCACUUGACAUAUGGCUAGUCUAAAUUGAUCUCCAGUUGUAAAAUGUACAUAAACUUCCAAGACUUAGUAUGAUAAAAAAAAUGUAAUUUUAUAUUUAUUACAUGUUAGUAUUAUUUUGUGUUCAAUAAAAUUGUGUUUUUUGUCUUUUAAAAAUAUGGUUAUUAGAACAUUUAAAAGAUCGUCUUACAUUAUAAGAUCAUCCUAUAUGCUCAUCUUACAUUUCUUUUGGACUGUACCAGUCUGGAGGGUGGAAAUUUUAAGACUAAAGUGAAUCAGAUAAAUUUGUAUUUUAAAAUUGUAAGGGUCAACACAGUAAACAUAGGGAUAGAAUAUAUAACUUCUAAAAUAAUUGGAGAAUGGGGGUGACUAAAAUUAAAGACAUUUAAUCCAAAAGAAUUCAGGGGGGAAAAAAGUAAAAAAGGUCACAAAGUGAACUCAUUUUAAUGGUGUUAGGAAAGGUUCAUUGGAGGGUUCCUUUCAGCCUUUAAAUGUAGAAUUUUGAAGGUAUGCAGUUGGACUUAAUUUAACCCUCAUUAUCUCCCAAAGUCUCCAUUUUCAAAUACCAUCACAUUGGGAAUUACAAUUUGAAUGUAUGAAUUUUGGUGGUCAUUAACAUUCAGUUCGUUGCAUCCUAUAUUUCCCUCCACUUCCACCCCAGGUAACCACUAUCUUUUUGGUGUUUGCCAUUCCUGUGAAUGUCUGUACUUUCCCUGUGUGUGUUAUUUAUGUUUUGUGUCAUAAGCAAUAUAUGGUUUUGUUCUACAUGUUUAAACUAUGUAUAUGUGCCACAUGCUGCUUGUAUUCUCUAACUUGUUCUUUUUGUUCAAUGUUAUUAUUUUUUAAUUUUUUAACAUUUGUUUACUUUUGAGAGCACAAACAGGGGAGGGGCAGAGAGAGAGGGAGAAACAGAAUCUGAAGCAGGCUCCAGGUUCUGAGCUGUCAGCACAGAACCUGAUGCAGGGCUCGAACUGUGACUGUGAGAUAGGUCAUGACCUGAGCCAAAGUCAGACGCUUAACCAACUGAGCCACCCAGGUCCCCAUUUUUGUUUUUUUUAACCCAGGUUUACACGUGGCUCUAAUUCAUUUUCAUUGCCAUAUGGUAUAUGAUUAUGUGAAUGUACCUUACCCUACUGACAAAUAUCGAGGUUGUUUCUAGUUUUUUCAUGUUAUAAAUUACUGCUGUGACUAUUCUUGUGCAUGCAUUAAUAAAUGCCACUAUUCAGGUUUCUCUGGAAGUGGAAUUGCUGGAUUAUAUUGUGUGUCUGUUUGCAAGUUGAUAUUGACAUGUUGCAUUCCUAAAUGGUUGUGCUAAUUUAUACUUUACUAGCAAUGUAUGAGGAUUCUUGUUUCUGUACGUCUUCUCUGAUAAUUGGCGUUGGAAUUUUUAAUUGUCAGACUGAGGAACAUGUGAAUAGAUCUCUUGUUUUAGUUUGAAUUUCCUGAGAAUGGAUACAUUUUCUUAUUUAUAGGCCAUUCUUGUUAAAUACCUGUUCAUGGAUAUAGUCUAUCCACUUUCUUUUUAAUGUAGUUUUUAUCCUUUUUUUAAAUUGUUUCCUAGGAGUUUUAUACAUUAUGGGUCCUAAAGCCAUGUUACUUACAUACAUUAACUCCUGUCUGUGGCUUGUGUUUUGUUUUUUUUUUUUUUAUUGAAUAGAAUUUGGAAAUUUUAAUGUCACAUUUAUGUUUUAGUUCUAAGAAAUUUUUCUUUAACUCAAGAUCUUAUAUAUAGUGGUUUUUAUCAUGAAAGUUUUGAAAUUUUGGUUUUCACAUUUAGGGCCUCAGUCUACCUGGAAUUUAACUUUAGUAUAUGAUAAAGGUUUAAUGAUUUUUUCCCCCCUUAUGAAUAACCCAUUUAGUACCAACUUAAUUGAAUAGUUCAUGUUUUUUCCCCACUGAUCUGCAGUGUCAGCUGUCAGAUUUCCAUAGAUGGAUGGAACUGUUUCUGGGCUAUCUGUUCUGUUUCAUUGUUUGUCUGUCCUGUACCAGUACCACAGUGUCUUAAUUUAGUGUAGCGUCACAGUAAGUCUUGGAACCUUGUAGAGUGAAUUUCACAACUUUGUUCUUCAAAAUUGUCUUGGCACUUUCUUUACCAUGUGUAUUUUAAGAUCAGUCGGCUGAGUUCCAUGAAGACUUUUUGGUUUUGAUUAAAUUGCACUAAGUUUGGGGAGCUUGACUGGUUCAGUCGGUUAAGCAUCUGACUCUUGAUUCGGCUCAGGUCAUGAUCUCAUGGUUCGUGAGAUGGAGCCCUGUGCAAGGCUCUGCACUGACUGCACAGCGUGCUUGGGAUUCUCUUUCUGCCCCUCCCCUGCUCCCGUGCAUGCUCUCCCUCUGUCUCUCAAACAUUUAAAGAAGUUUAUAGGAUAAUUGUAAUACUAUAUUUACAUUAUCAAUAAAAUAAGAUGGCAGUGCUUGAGCUCAAAGGUAGGAAACUGUAACAUUUGAAAAAUUUACCUUUCUUCCCCAUAAUAUUUUCUGCAAUUAUAGAGGUUAUGCUUAAUGCGUUAGCCAAAAAGGAAAGUAAAUUAAAUCACCAGUGAUUUUACCAAAGUUAAUCAGCACUGUAUGUACUUCCCAUCAUUUCCUCUAUAUAUUGCAAAGAUUUUAAGCAGCCUAUAUAUAAAGGGUGAGGAAAGAGGGACACGUCUUUGAUAAAUAAUUCAAUUUCUUCCAAAGUUACUAGUUUAUUUACUGCUUUCUUAGAAAAUUAUAUUUUACUGGGUUUCAGAUAUCUCAGAAUUCUAUAGCAUUUUUAAAUUCCUUUUUAUUGCUAAUUUUGAUCAUUUGUAUUCUGUUUAUUUCUCUUGUCAGAGACCUUAUUUUACUGGUCUGUAAAAAGAAUCAGCUUUUCUUUUUUUUUUUUUUUUGUUUCUGUAAUUGAUUAAUCUGUGCUUUUAUCCUUAUUUUUCUGCCUCACAUGAAAUUUAUUUUAUUGUCUUUUAGUCCACUUGAGAUCCUGAACUCAUUGACUUUCUUGUUUAAAAAUGGAUUCAGGGGGCGCUUAGUCUGUUGAGCGUACGAUUUUGGCUCAGGUCAUGAUCUCACGGUUCAUGAGUUCAAGCCCUAUGUCAGGCUCUGUGUUGACAGCUCAGAACCUGGAACCUGCUUCAGAUUCUGUGUCUCCUCUCUUUGCCCCUUCUCUGCGUGCGUGCUCUGUCUCUAAACUAAAUAAACAUUAAAAAAUUUUUUUUCUCAGACUGUCUUAUAGUACUGUACUCACCCUUGUGAUGAAAUAAUGGCUAUGCGAGGAGAUGAAGUGAGGUGAAUGACAUAGGUGCAUUGUGAUGUAGGAUGAGGAUGCUCUUGACCUUCUGACAAUACCUCAGAAGAAGGAUCAUCUACUUCCAGGCUAUGGUUGGCCAUGAGUAACUGAAAUUAUAGAGAGGAUCUGACGAACUACUCUCAGGCAGUGUUCUCAGUAGUCCAAACUCUAAUAUGAGCAGCAUGGUGGUUACAGCCAAUGGUAAUGAUAGUAAAAAAUUUAAAGGAGAAGAUAAAAUGGAUGGUGCUCCUUCUCGUGUACUUCAUAUUCGAAAGUUACCUGGUGAAGUGACAGAAACUGAAGUUAUUGCUUUAGGCUUACCUUUUGGUAAAGUGACCAACAUCCUUAUGCUGAAAGGAAAAAAUCAGGCAUUUUUGGAACUAGCAACAGAGGAAGCCGCUAUUACUAUGGUUAAUUACUAUUCUGCUGUGACACCUCAUCUCCGUAACCAACCAAUUUAUAUCCAGUACUCCAAUCACAAAGAACUAAAAACAGAUAAUACAUUAAACCAACGUGCUCAAGCAGUUCUUCAAGCUGUGACAGCUGUCCAGACAGCAAAUACGCCUCUUAGUGGCACCACAGUUAGUGAGAGUGCAGUGACUCCAGCCCAGAGUCCAGUGCUUAGAAUAAUUAUUGACAAUAUGUACUACCCUGUAACACUUGAUGUUCUUCACCAAAUAUUUUCAAAGUUUGGUGCUGUAUUAAAGAUCAUCACAUUUACAAAAAAUAACCAGUUUCAGGCUCUUCUCCAGUAUGGUGAUCCAGUAAAUGCUCAACAAGCAAAACUAGCCCUAGAUGGUCAGAAUAUUUAUAAUGCUUGCUGUACACUAAGGAUUGAUUUUUCCAAACUUGUGAAUUUGAAUGUAAAAUACAACAAUGAUAAAAGUAGGGAUUAUACUCGACCUGAUCUUCCAUCUGGGGAUGGACAACCUGCAUUGGACCCAGCUAUUGCUGCAGCAUUUGCCAAGGAGACCUCUCUCUUAGGGCUUCCUGUUGCAGCUGUUCCAGGAGCUCUGAGUCCUUUGGCUAUUCCAAAUGCUGCUGCAGCAGCUGCUGCAGCUGCUGCUGGCCGAGUGGGUAUGCCUGGAGUCUCAGCUGGUGGCAAUACAGUCCUGUUGGUUAGCAAUUUAAAUGAAGAGAUGGUUACGCCCCAAAGUCUGUUUACCCUCUUCGGUGUUUAUGGAGAUGUGCAGCGUGUGAAGAUUUUGUACAAUAAGAAAGACAGUGCUCUGAUACAGAUGGCUGAUGGAAACCAAUCACAGCUUGCCAUGAACCAUCUUAAUGGACAGAAAAUGUAUGGCAAAAUUAUUCGUGUUACUCUGUCUAAACAUCAGACUGUACAACUACCUCGAGAGGGACUUGAUGAUCAAGGGCUAACAAAGGAUUUUGGUAAUUCCCCAUUGCAUCGUUUUAAGAAACCUGGUUCCAAAAAUUUUCAGAACAUUUUUCCUCCUUCUGCAACCCUACACCUAUCCAAUAUCCCUCCUUCAGUAGCAGAAGAGGAUCUACGAACACUGUUUGCUAACACUGGGGGCACUGUGAAAGCAUUUAAGUUUUUUCAAAGAGAUCACAAAAUGGCUCUUCUUCAGAUGGCAACAGUGGAAGAAGCUAUCCAGGCCUUGAUUGAUCUUCAUAAUUAUAACCUUGGUGAAAACCAUCAUCUGAGAGUGUCUUUCUCCAAGUCAACAAUUUAAAAAGGGGGAGGUGAAGAUGGAGGGUGUAUCACAUUGUUUGGUGUCAUCACCUAUUGACUGUUCAGAAAAGUGGGGACCAGAGUUUGAUUUUUUUUUUGUUUCCUUUUUUUUUUUUCAUGCUGUUAUCAUUCCUUGGUUAUAAAAUGAAAUGGCAUACAUAAAGGCAGAGUGUUAACUGCUAUAUUUCAUCUGUUCUAUAGGGAAGCCAUUAUUUUUGUCUGUUUAAAUUUUUAGUUUAAUUAUACUUUCCUUUUUCAACUUAGUUGACAUACGUGCCUUAAAAAGGAAAACUAGUGUUGCUAUUGUGCAUUUACUAGGAAAAAGGAAUUGGUUGUCUAGGGCACAUUGUUAUAUGGGAAUUACCAUAUGUUUAGGCAGGGGUGUGUAAAAAGGUUAAGUUUUUGUUUCUCCUGCUUGGAACUUAUUUUGAAUUAUUGGCUUGUCACAUUUCUUUCUAUUUACUCAAAUAAGAUACAUGAUACUGAGAGAAUUAAAGCAGCAUUUUUUAGUUUUUACUACCUUAGGCUUUAUUGCUUUAAAAAAACAUUGGCCUUUUGUAUCUCACAAUUCUGGUCUAGAUUCAGUUAUGAAUGUAGGCAUUAGUUAAAAUUAACAAGAUGCAGAGUAUUAAUUUCUUAAGACAACAAAGUGAUUUCUGUAAGUUUGAGCCCUAUGUGGAAAGCAUUGUGGAAUCUUAACCUUUUUGUACACACUCUUGUGGGACGUAUCAUAUAAAUGUCAGCACUAAGUAAUGUCUUGUUUGUGGCUGAAUAUUUUUCGUAGAUGUUUUUGAAGUUGACAUGACUUACGUGCAUUUAAAUAUAUAUUGCCAUCCUUAGUUUGUAAUUAAGAUUUGGAAUAUGGUUGUGGAUUUCUGAGCAUGUGCAGACUGGUCUAGCUAGUUCAGGAACUGGUGCAUGUAUUUUUCAAAGAUAAAGAAAGUGUACUGCGAAAAUUUGCAGGAAGAUUAAUUUUGUGGCAGUUUUCUAAAACUGACAACCAGGUGGGACCAAAGUUUAUGUGCCUUUAGUCUUAAUUUACCUUGCAUUGUAAUAUUCAGUUUUAAUAAAUCUUCAAAAUAUUUUGUAUUUAGGAAUAGAUCUGACUUUAAUAAAAACAUGGCUCAGAAUCUACAGGUCAAAUUAAUUUGAACAGUUCUUGUCAAUCUGAAUUGUUGAUUCUGUUUAAAUGACCAAUACUUUUUGAAAUUGAUGUACUUAGUUUCAAGAUUCAUAGAUUCUGUUAUCUAUGUAGACAGAAUGGUCAUGUAUAUUUUCUAUUAGUUGAGUUUUUACAUCUUUAGAAAUGUAAAAUUCAGUAUAGUUUGAAAGCGGCACAAUUAAAAAUUAAUUUUCUAACAAAGUUGGGAGGUUUGAUGGUUGUUUAAUUUCCUUUUGUGUGUACUCUGCUUACCUCUGUAGCAUGCUCAAUAAACACUUCUGUAGCUCUGUA